AUGGGAACGGGACGCGCGGGGGCGAAACUGACAGCGGUCGCAAGGGGGGCCUUGGCGACGGCGCGGGUGCGGAAGCAUAGGGGUGAAUCAUAUCGCAGCGGCCAGUACAAGCCGCAGCAGCCAGGAAGAAAAUGUAAAGUGAGCGGAAGGCGGAAAGCAAAGAGGCAUAGGGCGCAAGGAAAAGCGAGCGCCGCGCGUGGAGCCGGGCUAGGGAACCUGCUGCAGAGCCGUGAAAAGUACGAAGACGCCAUUCGCAGCUACGAGCUGGCCAUUCAGUACCGCCCCACGCUAGCAGGUGAGCACUUCCUCUCACUUUAG